CAACAUUGUGAACCUUACCGUCUCCCUUUCUAUCUACCUCUCGAAGCUAUAGCUUCAUCCCCCAGCAGAGAAAAUCAGUCUCUGUAACAUCAACAGCUACAUCAGCAGCAAGCAACAGCCAAGCAAAUCCCAUCAUUCCUCUCCUUUUCCCCCCUUCCCUUCUUCACAUUCUUUCCUUUCCUUCUUGUACUUUUCUGUGUUAGAACCAUAGGCCCACAGCGAUCGCCCCACCUAUUAUCUUGCCUUUUAAGCAUUUCAUCCCUUUUCCCGAUAUUCCAUCUUACUUACCUUCCUGCACCCCCUCUCCUUCGUCCACUCCACCCCUCUUUCUCUCUCUCCACAACUCUCUCCUCCAUGCCUGGAUGUCCACAGCAAGGCAGAAGCUGCAAGAAGACAUAAGAGAGAAUAUUAAAAGGCAAGCUGAUGCUUCCAAUCACAUGGCUCGACACAGUCUCCUCGGCUCCGUUGGUGUAACCUUAAAUACAAUAACUCCCUGCGCCGCCUGCAAGCUUCUUCGCCGCCGAUGCGCCCAAGAAUGCCCUUUCUCCCCUUACUUCUCCCCUCAUGAACCCCAAAAAUUUGCGUCUGUUCACAAAGUUUUCGGCGCCAGUAACGUCUCUAAGAUGCUCAUGGAAGUUCCCGAGUCUCAGAGAGCCGAUGCGGCUAACAGCCUUGUCUAUGAAGCUAACGUGAGGCUUCGAGAUCCGGUUUAUGGGUGCAUGGGUGCGAUCACGGCGCUGCAGAGGCAGGUUCAAGCUCUUGAGGCGGAGCUCGCCGCUGUGAGAACCGAGAUUCUGAAGCACAAGUAUAGACAUGCAGGAGUCCACGCUGUUCUUUUCGCCUCAUCCACCGAUGUCUCGGUUGCCGAACCACCACCUAUACACGGCUUGCCGCCGCCUCCACCGCCUCCUCUCCCCUCCGUUAUCAGAGGCACGAUUUCUUCAGCUAUGUUUCCUCCAGCUCCAUCUAGCUCCACUGACUACAGCUCUAUCACAAACGAAAAUGUCACGUAUUUUGGAUGAUAACCUUGCAAAUUAUUAGCACUGUAUUGUUUUUUUUUUUUUGGGGGAAAUAUAUAGUCUUUGAGAAAUAAUGCAAUUUAAAGAGGAUGGGAGGUAUUCAUUUGCUAGCUGAUGAAAAUUGUAAUA